UCGGCUGGCCGCCAUCUUGUUGUUGAUCCGUACCCAGUGGGCAGCGCCAGGAGCUGGACCGAGCGGCCGGUGCGGGGCCGCUGCUGCGGGGCUCAGCCACCUGCGCUGCCUGCCAGGGGGCGGGCCGAAACCUGGAGGCCCGGGGGGCCCAGCUCCCGUGGGGAGCCUUGGGCGCCCGCUGCCCGGGUCGGGCCGGUUAUCAUAUAGUCUGGGCUGGUUUUCAACUUGCUCUGUAGCUGAGCAUGACCUUGAACUUCCACCCUAAGUGCUAUUACAGAUUUGUACUAUUGUGCUCAGUUACAGUGUUGGGAAUGGAACUAGGGUUUCAUGUGUUUUAGGACAGAACAAUAAGCUAAGCAGACUCUGACCAUUGGCCUUCCACUAGCCAGAAUCAACCUAGCACUCAUUUUGUGGUCCAUGAGCUGCAUCGUCUGCCAUCAGUGUGCAACUGGCCCCCAACGCAAUGUGUGUUUGUCAAACCAUGGAAGUGGGGCAGUAUGGCAAGAACGCAAGUCGGGCUGGAGACCGAGGAGUCCUCCUGGAGCCCUUCAUCCAUCAGGUGGGCGGACACAGCAGCAUGAUGCGGUACGACGAUCACACUGUGUGCAAACCUCUCAUCUCCCGGGAACAGCGCUUCUACGAGUCUCUCCCUCCUGAAAUGAAAGAAUUCACCCCUGAAUACAAAGGUGUGGUUUCUGUCUGUUUUGAGGGAGACAGUGAUGGUUACAUCAACUUGGUAGCCUACCCUUACGUGGAGAGUGAGACUGUAGAGCAAGAUGACACACCAGAACGGGAGCAACCUCGGCGUAAACACUCCCGCCGGAGCCUGCAUCGGUCAGGCAGUGGUAGUGACCACAAGGAGGAGAAAGCCAGCCUGUCCUUUGAGACCUUUGAGAGCCCCCAGGAGGCAAAGAGUCCAAAGGUGGAGCUACACAGCCACUCAGAUGUCCCUUUCCAGAUGCUAGACAGCAAUAGUGGUCUGAGUUCUGAGAAGAUCAGCUACAACCCCUGGAGCCUGCGCUGCCACAAGCAGCAGCUGAGCCGUAUGCGCUCCGAGUCCAAGGACCGAAAACUCUACAAGUUCCUCCUGCUUGAGAAUGUGGUACACCACUUCAAGUACCCUUGUGUGCUGGACUUGAAGAUGGGUACCCGACAGCAUGGGGAUGAUGCAUCAGCCGAGAAAGCAGCCCGGCAGAUGAGGAAGUGUGAGCAGAGCACAUCCGCUACACUGGGGGUCAGGGUCUGUGGCAUGCAGGUAUACCAGCUGGACACAGGUCAUUACCUCUGCAGGAACAAGUACUAUGGUCGUGGACUCUCCAGUGAAGGCUUCCGCAAUGCCCUGUAUCAGUAUCUGCACAAUGGCCUGGACCUGCGACGUGAUCUCUUUGAGCCUAUCCUGAGCAAACUCCGGGGCCUCAAAGCUGUGCUGGAGCGGCAGGCCUCCUACCGCUUCUACUCCAGUUCUCUGCUCGUCAUCUAUGAUGGCAAGGAGUGCCGGUCUGAGCUACGACUCAAGCACGUGGACAUGGGGCUCCCUGAGGUGUCACCACCCUGUGGCCCCAGCACUAGCCCAAGCAGCACCAACCUUGAGGCUGGCCCCUCCUCUCCACCCAAGGUGGAUGUCCGCAUGAUCGACUUUGCACACAGCACAUUCAAGGGCUUCCGGGAUGACCCCACUGUUCACGACGGGCCGGACAGAGGCUAUGUGUUUGGUUUGGAGAAUCUUAUCAGCAUCAUGGAACAGAUGCGGGACGAGAACCAGUAGGCCCACUUCUGGGCCCUAAGACCCCUUCUUCUCCACCCACAGGCAGGGACCAUUGCUCUGAACUUGCUGUGAGGACACACUGACUUGCUUUUAAAGGGUUAUAUUUCUCUUUGGUGUAAACUAAAAGAAAUGUUUUUAGCUGUAGCCUGGAAUCCAUAUAUAUGUGUAUCUAUAUAUGUAUAUAUAUAUAUGGAAUCCAUCUAUAUAUAAAGGAGGCAGAACAUAACGUCCUCUUAGCCAGGUUCCUUAGCUUUGUGGCUCUAUCUGCUGUGUCCAGGCUGACUCAGGAAGAAGACGUGGCCCCAGUGGGCUUGGCAGCAGAGACAGAAUGCCUUUGAACUUUGGUUCCCUUGCCUAAGGUUUUUGGGGUCUGUGACUGCAGGGCUUUGCUGGUUAUGAGGUAAAGCCCAGGCUGGCACAGGGUCUCUCCAUGCCUAUUCGUCCCUUAUUUCCCAGAAUUGGGGAAGGUUAAGUGCCCGUGUCUGGGAGACCUUUCUAGUUCUGGGCCAGUGCUUGAGUAGCUGCCCUCGGCAUUACAGGACUAACUGCACAGGUGGACUCAUCCUCGGGUCUGAUUUUGGCAUUGCCUAGAUUUGUGAAGCUGAGCUAAAGCCAACUCACAGCAGAGGACAGGCCCUGGGAUCCCUCGGCACCCACUGGCAUGUAAACUUGCUCCUUUGUCUACAACCCCAGCCAGCCUCGCCGAGAUCCCUUGCCUAAGGAGGCCACAUAGCCUCCUAUCUCACUGAGAUGGGCACCGCUCUGUCCGCUGAAGAGAGUCAGUGUCCCAGUAGCCUAAGGGCCUUUCGUGGCUCUGGCCUAGACAGUAUUUGCAGUUCUUGGGCUCUGGGUGGUGUCCCUUCCUCUAGUUUGGGCAGCUGUGCUGCCUCUGGAUGGGCUGCUGCUCCCAGGGCUCAGGGUCUGUGGUCCGCUCAGGGUCUUGUCUUCUCCAGGCCAAGCUAAGGCAGCAGCCUGUUAUAUGGUGUUCCAGGCUCUAGGCUUGGAGGGAGAACUUUAAACUUGUCUGCUUUUAGGGACACAGGACCUGGGUACAGGUGCCCAGAGUCUGCUCAGAGCUUUGUCCAGUUAAUCCUGGGGUCUGUCAGUGAGUUCGUUUGUCCACCUGCCAGCCCUUGUUUUGUGGGGAGCUUUCUGGAGUAUAGCCUUGUUGAUUAGUAGCUGUUGAUUUCCUUCAUGCUUUCCUCAGCAGAAUAGUCUUUCCCUCUUCUGAGGUGAGCCUUUGCGCCUGUGCCCUCCUUAGCAGGUUCUGCUAUUUUACAAACCUGCUAGCAGAAUGACCCGUAGUUGUGUUCACUUGCUGGCCUGGUGGCCUUCUUGUGGGCCUGGGGUAUGACCCUCAGCACCAACAGUGGGGCACUGAAGGCUCAAGGGCUGAUUCUGACCCGUUGCUUUAUUUUUGCUCCCAGCCCUUUGAUGGUAGAGACCUGCUGCCUGUAACAUGGGUGUCCAGCAGGUUACACUACACUCAGCCAUUGCCAAGUCUAUGGCCAAUGAUCAGUGCUUUUGACAUGUCUGUUUUGGCAUUUGAAGAUAAUACUGCCAACCUUUGAGAGAUACUGGUAACUGAUGGUAUAAUUUCCUGGUUCGUAGAGAUGCAGCCUCUGAAAAGGGCUCCUUGACGGACCCCAGGCAUGGUCUUCUGACCCUGGUGCCAGUGGUGGGCAGGUUCCCAUUCCUUAGGGCAGGGAGGCACAGCUUUGCCCAUUUCUGGUUAGUAACAACUGUCUUCUGUCCAGUGGUAUUCUCUGUUGCUUCAACCAUGGGGGCAGUAAGUGUUUGUUAGUAUAGACACAUCUCUGCCAGGACAGAGGUUAAGAGAGGGGUUUGGGGCCAGGGUGACCUAGGAAUGUGCUGUACUUCCCUGAUUACCAGAUUCUGGGAGGCACUGCCCCAUUCUGCUGCUGCUUAUGUAGCAAGGGAGGCUGUACCCACGACAUUGCAAGUUCUGCCUCUACAGCAUGAAAAGGCUGGGAUUUGCUGCUUCUCCUCAAGGACAGGGCCCCACUUUUCAGCACUUUUGAUAUCUGGAGGGCCAGCUCGUUUAUCUGAUUGGUGGUGGCUAGUGUGGCCAUUGCUUUUCUACCUGUCCCAGGCUAGCGUCCUGUUCCUGACAGGCCCUGCCUUCCCAGCCCCAAUUUGGGACCAAAGUGCAACUGGGAUCAUGGGUUGGGGAGCUCAGAUUACCCCUCUCCAUAGUAUUUCCCUGGGCUAGGCUCACACCAGCCCCGGGAGAUGUGUGGAAGUAAAAUGGGAUGGGUGGUACUUAAAGACGGAAGGGACCAGUGUAGUAACUAACUCACCUGGGACCCCACCCCUUCCAGCUUUGGGCCUGUGCAAUGGAUUCUCUCCUAGAGGCCAGGGGUCUGGGCUACUUCAAUAUCCGCUGCUCAUUUGCUCCAUCUGGCCAUUUGCACGUUCCUUAGAUGCAAACUGCUUUGAACUUUACAGCUGUGUAAGUUGGUUGUGUCUGUGCCCAUUAAAGAAAAAAAAAAAACCUGCAUUUUAAUGAGAAAAAAGAACCUGGGGAAAGUUCCUUUGCUUCUGUAGAGGAAAUAUAAGACUUCGAAUUUUGGAAAUUGUUUUCUGCUCCUCUUUCCUGGAAGCUACACACCUGCCUACAUACCCUAAGACCUGCGCCUGGAUACACACGUGAAUCCAUUGGCGUUUAGGCGCGCUUGCGUUUCCCCGGGUCUUGUGUGUGAAGGAGAGGGGUGCUUGGUCCGCGCCGGCCCCUCUCUGUACACCCAGCACUACCCGCCCGCUUGUGUCAGGUCGUAUAUGUCAAAAUAAAGCCUCUAGAAACUGAA